AUGGCAAAAGUUCCUGAAACCAUGCACUCUAUUCAGCUUGUCAAAUUCGGGCCACCCAAAGAAGCCAUGUUCUUCAAUGAGCAAACACCUGUUCCUCAAAUUAAGACAGAUAGUCAAGUAUUGGUCAGAAUUAAAGCAGCUGGUAUUAAUCCAAUAGAUGCAAAGUUAGCUUCUGGUAACUUAAAAAUCGGCACACGAUUUAUGACUCUCCCAACUAUACCCGGCGCUGAUUUUUCGGGCGUUAUUGUCGCCAAAGGCGCUAAGGUUGAUGGCUUUGAAAUUGGAGAUCAUGUUUUUGGUUCGAAACCUGUGCUUUUUGGUGGUGAGGGUGUUUUUGCUCAAUAUGGGGUAAUCGAUACAAAAGUUGCAGCAAUCGCAAAGAAACCGGACCAUCUCUCAUUCGAACAAGCAGCAUCUGCCGGUAUACCCGUAAUCACUGCUUACGAUGGUAUUAUUAAAAAUGGUCAUAUCAAUGAGAAUAACAAACAAAAAAAGAGAAAUAUUCUCAUCAUUGGUGCAUCUGGUGGUGUUGGAAGUUAUGGUGUCCAAUUGGCCAAGGCGAUUAACCAGGAAAACACCGUGAUAGGUAUUUGCAGUGAAAAAAACAUUGCAUUUGUCAAGUCGCUAGGCGCUGAUCGAGUAAUUGAUUACAAAAACAAGGAUGCUUAUAAGUCAUUUAUCAAUGAAAAGAUCCCGUUCGAUAUAAUUUUUGACUGUGUUGGAGGUGAUGAAUAUUACAAUCAGCUAGAUCCUCUUUUGGUAGAGCAUGGUGUAUACUCUACUGCAGUUGGGCCCGUUGAGUAUGCUGGAUCAUCUCAGGUUAAUAUUAGUACUGUUGCAACAGUUUUAAAAAGUGUUUUGUACAAAAAGCUGUUCAGUGCACAUUCUUAUAUCGUCGUAACAGCUCUAUCCUUAACAGACUUUAAACUAAAGGUGGCACCGUUUUUUGAUGAUAACCAGAUUAAGGGAACUGUCUGGAGCGAGGAAAAUAUAUUCCCUCUGAAGGACGCAGACGAAUGUACUUGGAAUCUGUUUGAAUAUUUGUUAGUACCAGCUGUACAACCAUGGGUCAAAAGUACCUUUAGCGAGAGCAACACAAGCGAUGAAAAAGAAUGGCAACUGGACAACCAAUUCACAGCAAAUAAAGGUUAA